AUGGCCAACCCCAGAAUCGAGGAGCUCCCCGACGAGGAGACUCAGAGACCUACCGUUGAGGAGCAGGAGGACAGCAGCGACGAGUCCGAUGCUGAGGAUGGUGAGGCCAAUUUGCCCGCCGGUUCUACCGCUGUGAUCCACAACCGCAACGAGAAGAAGGCUCGCAAGGCCAUUGAGAAGUUGCACCUCACUCGCGUUCCUGGCAUCACUCGUGUCACUCUGCGCCGCCCCAAGAACAUCCUGUUCGUCAUCAACAACCCCGAGGUCUACAAGUCUCCCAACAGCAACACCUACAUUGUUUUCGGCGAGGCCAAGAUCGAGGAUGUCAACGCCACCGCUCAGCAAGCUGCCGCCGCUCAGAUGGCCGCUGCUAAUGCCGAGGCCGAGCACGCUGGUCACAACCACGGCGAGUCCAGCAAGGCUGUUGAGUCUGGUGAUGCCAAGAAAGACGACGAUGAUGACGAUGGCGAGGAGGUUGAUGCCGAAGGUCUCGAGGAUAAGGACAUUGAGCUUGUCAUGACCCAGGCCAACGUCAGUCGCAAGAAGGCCAUAAAGGCACUGAAAGAAAAUGACAAUGAUAUUGUCAAUUCGAUCAUGGCUUUGAGUAUCUAA